CCCCUCUGUGUUCAGUGGCACCUCGCAACCCCCCCACCCCACCCCCUCCUUCCUCGCAGCAAAAGGCAAAUCUCCGAUAAAGUAAUGGCAAAAGCACUUGGACUAUAAAAGACAACAAAUCAUUUUCCUCCGGAGUGCGCCCCGUUGUCCACCCAAUGAGUUCCUAUUUUGUCAACUCAACUUUCCCCGUGUCUCUGCCGGGAGGACAGGACUCUCUCCUGGGCCAGAUCCCCCUCUACGCGUCGGGAUACAGCGACCCGCUGAGGCACUACUCCGGCGCGGCCACCUAUGGAGGCGCCGCCGCCGUGCAGGACAAGGUCUACCCGGCCUCCUACUACCAGCAGACCGCCAUCUACGGCCGGGCCGCCGGCGGGGCUCCGUGCGACUUCAACGCGGCGGGGGGCUUCUAUAAGGACGCCGAGGGGUCGUGCGCCUUCUCCGGCCGCGACGAAGCGCCGCCGCCUCCGCCGCCGCCGCUCUUCGGCGCGCAGGAGCACGCGCAGCGCAAAGGCGAGUGCGUGGGGGAGCAGAGCGCGGGCAUGAGCGUGGACGACAAGUCCUCCGCGCUCAUCUACCCCUGGAUGCAGAGGAUGAACGCCUGCUCGGUCGGCCCGUUCGGCACCAGCGGUCGCAGGGGCCGCCAGACGUACACCCGCUACCAGACGCUGGAGCUGGAGAAGGAGUUCCACUUCAACCGCUACCUGACGCGCAGGCGCCGGAUAGAGAUCUCGCACGCGCUGUGCCUGACCGAGAGACAGAUCAAAAUCUGGUUCCAGAACCGCAGGAUGAAGUGGAAGAAGGAGAACAAGCUGCUCAACCCGCCAAAGACGCCCGAGGAGGAGGAGGAGGAGCAGGCGGAGAAGAAGAGUUAGACAAAAAAAAAAAGAAAAAAAUCAUAAUAAUAAGGACACUCCAUGUGUACAAAAUAUGUUGUAGAUAUUAUUCAUGUGUCGCGUGCUAUAUACUCUACGUAGAGUAUAUAGUUGCUUUUAGACCUCUCUGUGCUCCGUCUUGAUUUAGAGACUAUGCAAACAUGUACAGACUUUGUAGUGCUUUUUUGGGACCAUGUCGUCCGUCUUGUUGUAGGCCUCUCGAGUCUUGUUCGUGCACGUGUUGUUGUGCUUGUUCUUGUUCUCGUUCUUCUUCCGUGUACAUACAACGUCAGCAUUACUGUUGUUAUUAUUAUGAGGAGGAUGUUUGAUGAUGAUAUUAUUUAUUGCUGUAACGUGUUCGAUGCAAUUAUUUUGUUCAGGAGAAAAAUUG